AUGGCGCCCGAAAGCGGGCCUCUAGAGCCCAGCCAAUGCUCAUCGGAAAGUAUCAAUGCCUCCAACGCUCUUUCGCCGACCCCCACAGACGAUGCUCCAGGGUACAACAAUACCCCGGCACCAGAGGCCCGUUCAGUACUAACACGUCUGUACAUUUCCCACGCCCUCUCAGCAUGGAACUCCCGGAUGUUCGAAUUCGGCGCCGUGCUGUUCCUAGCUUCAAUCUUCCCCGGCACACUGCUGUAUGCUUCGAUAUACGCUCUAGUGCGGGCGUUUUCAACAGUCGUACUCUCAUCCUGGUUAGGUGCACAGGUUGAUCGAUCUGAUCGGCUCGUGGCUUUGAGGCACUCCAUUGUGUGGCAAAGAGUCCCAGUCGCGGUGUCUUGCUUGUGCUUUGUGGCUACUCUAUCUAUUGAGUCAUGGCCUGUUACUGUUCUUCUGUUUGUUAUACAAGGCUUGCUGGCUUGUAUAGAGAAGUUGGCUGCCACGGCUAAUGUAGUGGCGGUGGAACGAGACUGGGCAAUCGUGAUAUCGGACAGCAUCAAUGUUCCUCGACAAGAUUUGAACGCCUCCAUGCGACGAAUUGAUCUCUUCUGCAAACUCAUCGCCCCAGUAUUCAUCUCCUUGGUCGACAGCCUAUCAACCCAAUACGCCAUCUGGACAGUAUUCGGCCUCAACACCGCAUCCGUGGUAGUCGAAUACAUGGCCAUUGCUCAAGUCUACCAAUCAGUCCCAGCCUUGACCAAAGCACCCCAAACCCUUCCACCAGCAGAACACGACACCAAUGAAGAAAAUGAUUCUCACCAAAAUACAUCCACUGGAUCAAUCCACUUCUUGCAAGAAUCACUGUCCCCCUGGAAAGAAUACAUAUCCAGUUCGGUCUUCCUCGCAUCGUUCGCCCUAAGCCUGCUAUACCUAACAGUCCUGUCCUUCGGCGCAACAAUGACCACAUACCUCCUCCACACAGGCUUUUCCUCGUUGCAGGUCAGCUACAUGCGUAUCGGCUCCGUAGCAGCCGAACUCUCCGGUACAUGGACCGCGCCCAUAAUCAUGAACCGGAUCGGACCGAUUCGAUCCGGUCUCUGGUUCCUGAACUGGCAAUUCGUAUGUGUGGCAGGCGCAGCAGCCGCUUUCGUCACUUGGGACUCGAGCUCGCGAUUGGUGGCGGGUACGUUGAUUGCGGGCGUUGCUAUGAGUCGUAUUGGACUUUGGGGAUUCGACUUGUCCGUUCAAUUUCUUGUGCAGGAGAAUAUCCAGGAAGGUGCUCGCGCCCGCUUUUCCGCAACCGAAAUGGCCUUGCAGAAUGCUUUUGAGAUGCUUUCGUUUGCGUCGACUAUUGCUUUCCCGUUGCCGGGGCAGUUUCGAUAUCCGGUUCUGAUUAGUUCCGGUGCUGUGACUGUGGCUGCUGUUUGCUUUGCUGCGUAUGUGCGCAAGGAGCGAGGACAUCUUCUCCAUCGAUCGCGGUGUUUGGGUGGAGAUAAGGUAUUGUACAGAGCGAUUGGGUCGGAAUCUGUCUAG